GUGACCUCGUCUCUCUGUCUCACGAUUCUUAUCUCAUCAAGUCUCAUCGCAAUCGCAAUUGCAAUCGCUACCAUGUCUGCGAGCCCAGUCGCCUCCGGUGCCGCUGAUGCGAAGCCCACCGACCAGAUUCACUUCCGCUUUUGCCGUGAAUGCUCCAACCUCCUCUACCCUAAGGAGGACCGCCACACCAACCAGCUGAUGUUCACUUGCCGCACCUGCCACGUCGGUGAACCGGCGACCUCCCAUUGCGUCUAUCAAAAUAAGCUCAACAGUCAGGUUGGAGACACUGCCGGUGUCACCCAAGAUGUGGCCUCCGAUCCCACGGUUGGUACUCCCGAGCUCCUCUUCUCCAGCGCGAUGAGCCUCCCGGGUUUCUGCGCCUGCUGUGGCGACGAAAUCACUUGUGACAUCUGCGGCCUCGGAUACUUCGUGAUCCCCGAGGAUGACAAGGCCACCGGCCCCUCCUGCGCGUCGGGUGCCCCCGGCUCCGACCUCCUCGUCGGCUCUGGUACUCUUCCUCGAGCGAACCGGCUUUGUCCAAGCUGCGGUGAAAAUGAGGCAGUCUUCUUCCAGUCCCAGCAACGCUCAGCUGAAAGUGGGAUGAAACUUUACUACGUCUGCUGCGCAUGCGGAAACGUCUUCCUGUAA